AUGGGUUAUUUUUCGGCAGCUGCGUUGGGGAUUGGUCUGGCAAAAACGCACACGGAAAGCAUUAGGAAAUGGGCGUAUUUUCUCGUGGUAUGCUGGUGUGGAUCGGUGCAGGAAUUUGCUAGUAGUAAGCGACCGAUAAUGGGAUAUUUUUCGGCAGCUGCGUUGGGGAUUGGUCUGGCAAAUACGCAUACGGAAAGCAUUAGGAAAUGGGCGUAUUUUCUCGUGGUAUGCUGGUGUGGAUCGGUGCAGGAAUUUGCUAGUAGUAAGCGACCGAUAAUGGGUUAUUUUUCGGUAGAUGCGUUAGGCAUUUUGCUGGCAAAAACGCACACGGAAAGCAUUAGGAAAUGGGCGUAUUUUCUCGUGGUAUGCUGGCAUGGUUCGAUGCAGGAAUUUGCUAGUAGUAAGCGACCGAUAAUGGGUUAUUUUUCGGCAGCUGCGUUGGGGAUUGGUCUGGCAAAUACGCAUACGGAAAGCAUUAGGAAAUGGGCGUAUUUUCUCGUGGUAUGCUGUCAUAAAUCGGUGCAGGAAUUUGCUAGUAGUAAGCGACCGAUAAUGGGAUAUUUUUCGGUAGAUGCGUUGGGGAUUGGUCUGGCAAAAACGCACACGGAAAGCAUUAGGAAAUGGGCGUAUUUUCUCGUGGUAUGCUGGCAUAAAUCGGUGCAGGAAUUUGCAAGUAGUAAGCGACCGAUAAUGGGUUAUUUUUCGGCAGCUGCGUUGGGGAUUGGUCUGGCAAAAACGCACACGGAAAGCAUUAGGAAAUGGGCGUAUUUUCUCGUGGUAUGCUGGUGUGGAUCGGUGCAGGAAUUUGCUAGUAGUAAGCGACCGAUAAUGGGUUAUUUUUCGGCAGCUGCGUUGGGGAUUGGUCUGGCAAAUACGCACACGGAAAGCAUUAGGAAAUUGUCGUAUUUUCUCGUGGUAUGCUGGCAUGAUUCGGUGUAUUAAUCUGCUAGCAGUAAGCGACCGAUAAUGUGUUGUAUUUUCAUACAUGCGCUGGAGAUCGGUCUGGCAAUAACGCACACGAAAAGCAUUAGGAAAUGGGCGUAUUUUCUCGUGGUAUGCUGGCAUAAAUCGGUGCAGGAAUUUGCUAGCAGUAAGCGACCGAUAAUGGGUUAUUUUUCGGCAGCUGCGUUGGGCAUUGGUCUGGCAAAUACGCACAUGGAAAGCAUUAGGAAAUGGGCGUAUUUUCUCGUGGUAUGCUGGCAUAAAUCGGUGCAGGAAUUUGCUAGCAGUAAGCGACCGAUAUUGGGUUAUUUUUCGGCAGCUGCGUUGGGCAUUGGUCUGGCAAAAACGCACACGUAAAGCAUUAGGAAAUGGGCGUAUUUUCUCGUGGUAUGCUGGUGUGGAUCGGUGCAGGAAUUUGCUAGCAGUAAGCGACCGAUAAUGUGUUGUUUUUCCGUAGAUGCGUUGGGGAUUGGUCUGGCAAAAACGCACACGUAAAGCAUUAGGAAAUGGGCGUAUUUUCUCGUGGUAUGCUGGUGUGGAUCGGUGCAGGAAUUUGCUAGCAGUAAGCGACCGAUAAUGUGUUGUUUUUCCGUAGAUGCGCUGGGGAUUGGUCUGGCAAAAACGCACACGUAAAGCAUUAGGAAAUGGGCGUAUUUUCUCGUGGUAUGCUGGUGUGGAUCGGUGCAGGAAUUUGCUAGCAGUAAGCAACCGAUAAUGUGUGGUUUUUCCGUAGAUGCGCUGGGGAUCGGUCUGGCAAAUACGCACACGAAAAGCAUUAGGAAAUUGUCGUAUUUUCUCGUGGUAUGGAUCGGUGCAGGAAUUUGCUAGCAGUAAGCGACCGAUAAUGGGUUAUUUUUCGGCAGCUGCGUUGGGUAUUGGUCUGGCAAAAACGCACACGCAAAUACGCAAAAAUGGGCGUAUUUUCUCAUGGUAUGCUGGUAUGGAUCGGUGCAGUAAUUUGCUAGCAGUAAGCGACCGAUAAUGUGUGGUUUUUCCGUAGAUGCGUUAGGGAUCGGCCAAGCAAAUACGCACACGGAAAGCAUUAGGAAAUUGUCGUAUUUUCUCGUGGUAUGCUGGUAUGAAUCGGUGCAGAAAUUUGCUAGCAGUAAGCGACCGAUAAUGUGUUGUUUUUCCGUAGAUGCGUUAGGGAUCGGUCAAGCAAAUACGCACACGGAAAGCAUUAGGAAAUUGUCGUAUUUUCUCGUGGUAUGCUGGUAUGAAUCGGUGCAGAAAUUUGCUAGCAGUAAGCGACGGAUAAUGUGUUGUUUUUCCGUAGAUGCUUUGGGGAUCGGUCUGGCAAAUACGCACACGGUAAGCAUUAGGAAAUGGCCGUGUUUUCCCGUGGUAUGCUGGUAUGGAUCGGUGCAGGAAUCUGCUAACAGUAAGCGACCGAUAAUGUGUUGUUUUUCCGUAGAUGCGUUAGGGAUCGGUCAAGCAAAUACGCACACGGAAAGCAUUAGGAAAUUGUCGUAUUUUCUCGUGGUAUGCUGGUAUGAAUCGGUGCAGAAAUUUGCUAGCAGUAAGCGACCGAUAAUGUGUUGUUUUUCCGUAGAUGCGUUAGGGAUCGAUCAAGCAAAUACGCACACGGAAAGCAUUAGGAAAUUGUCGUAUUUUCUCGUGGUAUGCUGGCAUAAAUCGGUGCAGGAAUUUGCUAGCAGUAAGCGACCGAUAAUGUGUUGUUUUUCCGUAGAUGCGUUGGGGAUCGGUCAAGCAAAUACGCACACGGAAAGCAUUAGGAAAUGGGCGUAUUUUCUCGUGGUAUGCUGGUAUGAAUCGGUGCAGAAAUAUGCUAGCAGUAAGCGACCGAUAAUGUGUUGUUUUUCCGUAGAUGCGUUAGGGAUCGGUCAAGCAAAUACGCACACGGAAAGCAUUAGGAAAUUGUCGUAUUUUCUCGUGGUAUGCUGGUAUAAAUCGGUGCAGAAAUUUGCUAGCAGUAAGCGACCGAUAAUGUGUUGUUUUUCCGUAGAUGCGUUAGGGAUCGGUCUGGCAAAUACGCACACGGAAAGCAUUAGGAAAUGGGCGUAUUUUCUCGUGGUAUGCUGGUAUGAAUCGGUGCAGAAAUUUGCUAGCAGUAAGCGACGGAUAAUGUGUUUUUUUUCCGUAGAUGCUUUGGGGAUCGGUCUGGCAAAUACGCACACGGAAAGCAUUAGGAAAUUGUCGUAUUUUCUCGUGGUAUGCUGGCAUAAAUCGGUGCAGGAAUUUGCUAGCAGUAACCGACCAAUAAUGGGAUAUUUUUCGGCAGCUGCGUUGGGCAUUUUUCUGGCAAAUAAGCACACGGAAAGCAUUAGGAAAUGGGCGUAUUUUCUCGUGGUAUGCUGGUAUGGAUCUGUGCAGGAAUCUGCUAGCAGUAAGCGACCGAUAAUAAGUUAUUUUUCGGUAGAUGCGUUGGGAAUUUUUCUGGCAAAAACGCACACGGAAAGCAUUAACAAAUGGGCGUAUUUUCUCGUGGUAUGCUGGUGUGGAUCGGUGCAGGAAUCUGCUAGCAGUAAGCGACCGAUAAUGUGUUGUUUUUCCGUAGAUGCGUUGGGAAUCGGUCUGGCAAAUACGCACACGGAAAGCAUUAGGAAAUUGUCGUAUUUUCUCGUGGUAUGCUGGCAUAAAUCGGUGCAGGAAUUUGCUAGCAGUAAGCGACCGAUAAUGGGUUAUUUUUCGGCAGCUGCGUUGGGCAUUGGUCUGGCAAAAACGCACACGGAAAGCAUUAGGAAAUGGGCGUAUUUUCUCGUGGUAUGCUGGCAUAAAUCGGUGCAGGAAUUUGCUAGCAGUAAGCGACCGAUAAUGGGUUAUUUUUCGGCAGCUGCGUUUUGCAUUGGAAAUGGGCGUAUUUUCUCGUGGUAUGCUGGCAUCAAUCGGUGCAGGAAUUUGCUAGCAGUAAGCGACCGAUAAUGGGAUAUUUUUCGGCAGCUGCGUUGGGCAUUGGUCUGGCAAAAACGCACACGGAAAGCAUUAGGAAAUGGGCGUAUUUUCUCGUGGUAUGCUGGCAUAAAUCGGUGCAGGAAUUUGCUAGUAGUAAGCGACCGAUAAUGGGUUAUUUUUCGGCAGCUGCGUUUUGCAUUGGAAAUGGGCGUAUUUUCUCGUGGUAUGCUGGCAUCAAUCGGUGCAGGAAUUUGCUAGCAGUAAGCGACCGAUAAUGGGAUAUUUUUCGGCAGCUGCGUUGGGCAUUGGUCUGGCAAAAACGCACACGGAAAGCAUUAGGAAAUGGGCGUAUUUUCUCGUGGUAUGCUGACAUGAUUCGAUGCAGGAAUUUGCUAGUAGUAAGCGACCGAUAAUGGGUUAUUUUUCGGCAGCUGCGUUGGGGAUUGGUCUGGCAAAUACGCAUACGGAAAGCAUUAGGAAAUGGGCGUAUUUUCUCGUGGUAUGCUGUCAUAAAUCGGUGCAGGAAUUUGCUAGUAGUAAGCGACCGAUAAUGGGAUAUUUUUCGGUAGAUGCGUUGGGGAUUGGUCUGGCAAAAACGCACACGGAAAGCAUUAGGAAAUGGGCGUAUUUUCUCGUGGUAUGCUGGCAUAAAUCGGUGCAGGAAUUUGCAAGUAGUAAGCGACCGAUAAUGGGUUGUUUUUCGGCAGCUGCGUUGGGGAUUGGUCUGGCAAAAACGCACACGGAAAGCAUUAGGAAAUGGGCGUAUUUUCUCGUGGUAUGCUGGUGUGGAUCGGUGCAGGAAUUUGCUAGUAGUAAGCGACCGAUAAUGGGAUAUUUUUCGGCAGCUGCGUUGGGGAUUGGUCUGGCAAAUACGCACACGGAAAGCAUUAGGAAAUGGGCGUAUUUUCUCGUGGUAUGCUGGCAUGAUUCGGUGCAUUAAUCUGCUAGCAGUAAGCGACCGAUAAUGUGUUGUAUUUUCAUAUAUGCGCUGGAGAUCGGUCUGGCAAAAACGCACACGAAAAGCAUUAGGAAAUUGUCGUAUUUUCUCGUGGUAUGCUGGCAUUAAUCGGUGCAGGAAUUUGCUAGCAGUAAGCGACCGAUAAUGGGUUAUUUUUCGGCAGCUGCGUUGGGCAUUGGUCUGGCAAAUACGCACAUGAAAAGCAUUAGGAAAUGGGCGUAUUUUCUCGUGGUAUGCUGGCAUAAAUCGGUGCAGGAAUUUGCUAGCAGUAAGCGACCGAUAUUGGGUUAUUUUUCGGCAGCUGCGUUGGGCAUUGGUCUGGAAAAAACGCACACGCAAAUACGCAAAAAUGGGCGUAUUUUCUCGUGGUAUGCUGGUGUGGAUCGGUGCAGGAAUUUGCUAGCAGUAAGCGACCGAUAAUGUGUUGUUUUUCCGUAGAUGCGCUGGGGAAUGGUCUGGCAAAAACGCACACGUAAAGCAUUAGGAAAUGGGCGUAUUUUCUCGUGGUAUGCUGGUGUGGAUCGGUGCAGGAAUUUGCUAGCAGUAAGCGACCGAUAAUGUGUUGUUUUUCCGUAGAUGCGCUGGGGAUUGGUCUGGCAAAAACGCACACGUAAAGCAUUAGGAAAUGGGCAUGGUAUGCUCGUGGUAUGCUGGUGUGGAUCGGUGCAGGAAUUUGCUAGCAGUAAGCGACCGAUAAUGUGUUGUUUUUUCGUAGAUGCGUUGGGGAUCGGUCUUGCAAAUACGCACACGGAAAGCAUUAGGAAAUGGGCGUAUUUUCUCGUUGUAUGCUGGUAUGGGUCGGUGCAGAAAUUUGCUAGCAGUAAGCGACCGAUAAUGUGUUGUUUUUCCGUAGAUGCUUUGGGGAUCGAUCUGGCAAAUACGCACACGGAAAGCAUUAGGAAAUGGGUGUAUUUUCUCGUGGUAUGCUGGCAUAAAUCGGUGCAGGAAUUUGCUAGCAGUAAGCGACCGAUAAUGUGUUGUUUUUUCGUAGAUGCGCUGGGGAUCGGUCUGGCAAAUACGCACACGGAAAGCAUUAGGAAAUGGGCGUAUUUUCUCGUGGUAUGCUGGCAUAAAUCGGUGCAGGAAUUUGCUAGCAGUAAGCGACCGAUAAUGUGUUGUUUUUUCGUAGAUGCGCUGGGGAUCGGUCUGGCAAAUACGCACACGGAAAGCAUUAGGAAAUGGCCGUAUUUUAUCGUGGUAUGCUGGAUCGGUGCAGAAAUUUGCUAGCAGUAAGCGACCGAUAAUGUGUUGUUUUUUAGUACAUGCUUUGGGGAUCGGUCUUGCAAAUACGCACAUGGAAAGCAUUAAGAAAUAAGCGUAUUUUAUCGUGGUAUGCUGGUAUGGAUCGGUGCAUAAAUUUGCUAGCAGUAAGCGUCCGAUAAUGUGUUGUUUUUCCGUAGAUGCUUUGGGGAUCGGUCUUGCAAAUACGCACACGGAAAGCAUUAAGAAAUGGGCGUAUUUUAUCGUGGUAUGCUGGUAUGAAUCGGUGCAGAAAUUUGCUAGCAGUAAGCGUCCGAUAAUGUGUUGUUUUUCCGUAGAUGCUUUGGGGAUCGGUCUUGCAAAUACGCACACGGAAAGCAUUAGAAAAUGGGCGUAUUUUCUCGUGGUAUGCUGGCAUAAAUCGGUGCAGGAAUUUGCUAGCAGUAAGCGUCCGAUAAUGUGUUGUUUUUCCGUAGAUGCGUUGGGGAUCGGUCUUGCAAAUACUUACACGGGAAGCAUUAGGAAAUGGGCGUAUUUUCUCGUGGUAUGCUAGCAAAAAUCGGUGCAGGAAUUUGCUAGCAGUAAGCGACCGAUAAUGUGUUGUUUUUCCGUAGAUGCGUUGGGGAUCGGUCAGGCAAAUACUUACACAGGAAGCAUUAGGAAAUGGGCGUAUUUUCUCGUGGUAUGCUGGCAUAAAUCGGUGCAGGAAUUUGCUAGCAGUAAGCGACCGAUAAUGUGUUGUUUUUUCGUACAUGCGUUGGGGAUCGGUCUUGCAAAUACGCACACGGAAAGCAUUAGGAAAUGGGCGUAUUUUCUCGUGGUAUGCUGGUAUGGAUCGGUGCAGAAAUUUGCUAGCAGUAAGCGUCCGAUAAUGUGUUGUUUUUCCGUAGAUGCUUUGGGGAUCGGUCUGGCAAAUACUUACACGGGAAGCAUUAGGAAAUGGUCGUAUUUUCUUGUGGUAUGCUGGCAUAAAUCGGUGCAGGAAUUUGCUAGCAGUAAGCGACCGAUAAUGUGUUGUUUUUCCGUAGAUGCUUUUGGGAUCGGUGUUGCAAAUAUGCACACGGAAAGCAUUAGGAAAUAAGCGUAUUUUCUCGUGGUAUGCUGGUAUGAAUCGGUGCAGGAAUUUGCUAGCAGUAAGCGUCCGAUAAUGUGUUGUUUUUCCGUAGAUGCUUUGGGGAUCGGUCUGGCAAAUACGCACACGGAAAGCAUUAAGAAAUGGGCGUAUUUUCUCGUGGUAUGCUGGCAUAAAUCGGUGCAGAAAUUUGCUAGCAGUAAGCGUCCGAUAAUGUGUUGUUUUUCCGUAGAUGCUUUGGGGAUCGGUCUUGCAAAUACGCACACGGAAAGCAUUAGAAAAUGGGCGUAUUUUCUCGUGGUAUGCUGGCAUAAACCGGUGCAGGAAUUUGCUAGCAGUAAGCGACCGAUAAUGUGUUGUUUUUCCGUAGAUGCGUUGGGGAUCGGUCAGGCAAAUACUUACACGGGAAGCAUUAGGAAAUGGGCGUAUUUUCUCGUGGUAUGCUGGCAUAAAUCGGUGCAGGAAUUUGCUAGCAGUAAGCGACCGAUAAUGUGUUGUUUUUUCGUCGAUGCGUUGGGGAUCGAUCUGGCAAAUACGCACACGGAAAGCAUUAGGAAAUGGGCGUAUUUUCUCGUGGUAUGCUGGUAUGGAUCGGUGCAGGAAUUUGCUAGCAGUAAGCGACCGAUAAUGUGUUGUUUGUUCGUACAUGCGUUGGGGAUCGGUCUUGCAAAUACGCACACGGAAAGCAUUAAGAAAUGGGCGUAUUUUCUCGUGAUAUGCUGGUAUGGAUCGGUGCAGAAAUUUGCUAGCAGUAAGCGUCCGAUAAUGUGUUGUUUUUCCGUAGAUGCUUUGGGGAUCGGUCUUGCAAAUACGCACACGGAAAGCAUUAGAAAAUGGGCGUAUUUUCUCGUGGUAUGCUGGCAUAAAUCGGUGCAGGAAUUUGCUAGCAGUAAGCGACCGAUAAUGUGUUGUUUUUCCGUAGAUGCGUUGGGGAUCGGUCAGGCAAAUACUUACAAGGGAAGCAUUAGGAAAUGGGCGUAUUUUCUCGUGGUAUGCUGGCAUAAAUCGGUGCAGGAAUUUGCUAGCAGUAAGCGACCGAUAAUGUGUUGUUUUUCCGUACAUGCGUUGGGGAUCGGUCUUGCAAAUACGCACACGGAAAGCAUUAAGAAAUGGGCGUAUUUUCUCGUGCUAUGCUGGUAUGAAUCGGUGCAGAAAUUUGCUAGCAGUAAGCGUCCGAUAAUGUGUUGUUUUUUCGUACAUGCGUUGGGGAUCGGUCUUGCAAAUACGCACACGGAAAGCAUUAGGAAAUAGGCGUAUUUUCUCGUGGUAUGGUGGUAUGAAUCGGUGCAGAAAUUUGCUAGCAGUAAGCGACCGAUAAUGUGUUGUUUUUCCGUAGAUGCGUUAGGGAUCGGUCUUGCAAAUACGCACACGGAAAGCAUUAGGAAAUGGGCGUAUUUUCUCGUGGUAUGCUGGUAUGGAUCGGUGCAGGAAUUUGCUAGCAGUACGCGACCGAUAAUGAGUUGUUUUUCCGUAGAUGCGUUGGGGAUCGGUCUUGCAAAUACGCACACGGAAAGCAUUAGGAAAUGGGCGUAUUUUCUCGUGGUAUGCUGGCAUAAAUCGGUGCAGUAAUUUGCUAGCAGUAAGCGACCGAUAAUGUGCUGUUUUUUCGUAGAUGCGUUAGGGAUCGGUCUUGCAAAUACGCACACGGAAAGCAUUAAGAAAUGGGCGUAUUUUCUCGUGGUAUGCUGGUAUGAAUCGGUGCAGAAAUUUGCUAGCAGUAAGCGACCAAUAAUGUGUUGUUUUUUUUUCCUAGAUGCGUUACGGAUCGGUCUUGCAAAUACGCACACGGAAAGCAUUAGGAAAUGGGCGUAUUUUCUCGUGGUAUGCUGGUAUGGAUUGGUGCAGGAAUUUGCUAGCAGUAAGCGACCGAUAAUGUGUUGUUUUUCCGUAGAUGCGCCGAGGAUCGGUCAGGCAAAUACGCACACGGAAAUCAUUAGGAAAUGUCCGUAUUUUUUCAUAGUAUGGUGGCAUAAAUCGGUGCAGGAAUCUGCAACCGAUGAUAUGUGUUUUUUUCGUAGAUGCGUUGGGGAUCGGUCUGGCAAAUACGCACACGGAAAGCAUUAGGAAAUGGGCGUAUUUUCUCGUGGUAUGCUGGCAUAAAUCGGUGCAGAAAUUUGCUAGCAGUAAGCGUCCGAUAAUGUGUUGUUUUUCCGUAGAUGCUUUGGGGAUCGGUCUUGCAAAUACGCACACGGAAAGCAUUAGAAAAUGGGCGUAUUUUCUCGUGGUAUGCUGGCAUAAAUCGGUGCAGGAAUUUACUAGCAGUAAGCGACCGAUAAUGUGUUGUUUUUCCGUAGAUGCGUUGGGGAUCGGUCAGGCAAAUACUUACACAGGAAGCAUUAGGAAAUGGGCGUAUUUUCUCGUGGUAUGCUGGCAUAAAUCGGUGCAGGAAUUUGUUAGCAGUAAGCGACCGAUAAUGUGUUGUUUUUCCGUAGAUGCUUUGGGGAUCGGUCUUGCAAAUACGCACACGGAAAGCAUUAGGAAAUGGGCGUAUUUUCUCGUGGUAUGCUGGCAUAAAUCGGUGCAGGAAUUUGCUAGCAGUAAGCGACCGAUAAUGUGUUGUUUUUUCGUAGAUGCGUUAGGGAUCGGUCUUGCAAAUACGCACACGGAAAGCAUUAGGAAAUGGGCGUAUUUUCUUGUGGUAUGCUGGUAUGGAUCGGUGCAGGAAUUUGCUAGCAGUAAGCGAUCGAUAAUGUGUUGUUUUUUCGUCGAUGCGUUGGGGAUCGGUCUUGCAAAUACGCACACGGAAAGCAUUAGGAAAUGGGCGUAUUUUCUCGUGGUAUGCUGGCAUAAAUCGGUGCAGGAAUUUGCUAGCAGUAAGCGACCGAUAAUGUGUUGUUGUUCCGUAGAUGCGUUGGGGAUCGGUCUUGCAAAUUCGCACACGUAAAGCAUUAAGAAAUGCGGAAAGCAUUUCUCGUGGUAUGCUGGUAUGGAUCGGUGCAGGAAUUUGCUAGCAGUAAGCGACCGAUAAUGUGUUGUUUUUCCGUAGAUGCGUUGGGGAUCGGUCUUGCAAAUACGCACAUGGAAAGCAUUAGGAAAUGGGCGUAUUUUCUCGUGGUAUGCUGGUUUGAAUCGAUGCAGAAAUUUGCUAGCAGUAAGCGACCAAUAAUGUGUUGUUUUUCCGUAGAUGCGUUAGGGAUCGGUCUUGCAAAUACGCACACGGAAAGCAUUAAUAAAUGGGCGUAUUUUCUCGUGGUAUGCUGGCAUAAAUCGGUGCAGGAAUUUGCUAGCAGUAAGCGACCGAUAAUGUGUUGUUUUUUCGUAGAUGCGUUGGGGAUCGGUCUUGCAAAUACGCACACGGAAAGCAUUAAGAAAUGGGCGUAUUUUAUCGUGGUAUGCUGGUAUGGAUCGGUGCAGAAAUUUGCUAGCAGUAAGCGACCGAUAAUGUGUUGUUUUUUCGUACAUGCGUUGGGGAUCGGUCUUGCAAAUACGCACAUGGAAAGCAUUAGGAAAUGGGCGUAUUUUCUCGUGGUAUGCUGGUAUGGAUCGGUGCAGAAAUUUGCUAGCAGUAAGCGACCGAUAAUGUGUUGUUUUUCCGUAAAUGCGUUGGGGAUCGGUCUUGCAAAUACGCACACGGAAAGCAUUAGGAAAUGGGCGUAUUUUCUCGUGGUAUGCUGGUAUGGAUGGGUGCAGUAAUUUGCUAGCAGUAAGCGACCGAUAAUGUGUUGUUUUUUCGUCGAUGCGUUGGGGAUCGGUCAGGCAAAUACGCACACGGAAAGCAUUAGAAAAUGGGCGUAUUUUCUCGUGGUAUGCUGGUAUGAAUCGGUGCAGGAAUUUGCUAGCAGUAAGCGACCGAUAAUGUGUUGUUUUUCCGUAGAUGCGUUAGGGAUCGGUCUUGCAAAUACGCACACGGAAAGCAUUAAGAAAUGGGCGUAUUUUCUCGUGGUAUACUGGUAUGAAUCGGUGCAGAAAUUUGCUAGCAGUAAGCGAACGAUAAUGUGUUGUUUUUUCGUCGAUGCGUUGGGGAUCGGUCAGGCAAAUACGCACACGGAAAGCAUUAGGAAAUGGGCGUAUUUUCUCGUGGUAUGCUGGUAUGAAUCGGUGCAGAAAUUUGCUAGCAGUAAGCGACCGAUAAUGUGUUGUUUUUCCGUAGAUGCGUUAGGGAUCGGUCUUGCAAAUACGCACACGGAAAGCAUUAAGAAAUGGGCGUAUUUUCUCGUGGUAUGCUGGUAUGAAUCGGUGCAGAAAUUUGCUAGCAGUAAGCGACCGAUAAUGUGUUGUUUUUCCGUAGAUGCGUUAGGGAUCGGUCUGGCAAAUACGCACACGGAAAUCAUUAGGAAAUGUCCGUAUUUUUUCGUAGUAUGGUGGCAUAAAUCGGUGCAGGAAUUUGCUAGCAAUAAGCAACCGAUGAUGUGUGUUUUUUUUCGUAGAUGCGUUGGGGAUCGGUCUGGCAAAUACGCACACGGAAAGCAUUAGGAAAUGGGCGUAUUUUCUCGUUGUAUGCUGGUAUGAAUCGGUGCAGAAAUUUGCUAGCAGUAAGCGACCGAUAAUGUGUUGUUUUUCCGUAGAUGCGUUAGGGAUCGGUCUUGCAAAUACGCACACGGAAAGCAUUAAGAAAUGGGCGUAUUUUCUCGUGGUAUGCUGGUAUGAAUCGGUGCAGAAAUUUGCUAGCAGUAAGCGACCGAUAAUGUGUUGUUUUUCCGUAGAUGCGCCGAGGAUCGGUCUGGCAAAUACGCACACGGAAAUCAUUAGGAAAUGUCCGUAUUUUUUCGUAGUAUGGUGGCAUAAAUCGGUGCAGGAAUCUGCUAGCAAUAAGCAACCGAUGAUGUGUGUUUUUUUCGUAGAUGCGUUGGGGAUCGGUCUGGCAAAUGCGCACACGGAAAGCAUUAGGAAAUGGGCGUAUUUUCUCGUGGUAUGCUGGUAUGAAUCGGUGCAGAAAUUUGCUAGCAGUAAGCGACCGAUAAUGUGUUGUUUUUUCGUAGAUGCGUUAGGGAUCGGUCUUGCAAAUACGCACACGGAAAGCAUUAGGAAAUGGGCGUAUUUUCUCGUGGUAUGCUGGCAUAAAUCGGUGCAGGAAUUUGCUAGCAGUAAGCGACCGAUAAUGUGUUGUUUUUCCGUAGAUGCGUUAGGGAUCGGUCUUGCAAAUACGCACACGGAAAGCAUUAAGAAAUGGGCGUAUUUUCUCGUGGUAUGCUGGUAUGAAUCGGUGCAGAAAUUUGCUAGCAGUAAGCGACCGAUAAUGUGUUGUUUUUCCGUAGAUGCGUUGGGGAUCGGUCUUGCAAAUACGCACACGGAAAGCAUUAGGAAAUGGGCGUAUUUUCUCGUGAUAUGCUGGCAUAAAUCGGUGCAGGAAUUUGCUAGCAGUAAGCGUCCGAUAAUGUGUUGUUUUUCCGUAGAUGCGUUAGGGAUCGGUCUUGCAAAUACGCACACGGAAAGCAUUAGGAAAUGGGCGUAUUUUCUCGUGGUAUGCUGGCAUAAAUCGGUGCAGGAAUUUGCUAGCAGUAAGCGACCGAUAAUGUGUUGUUUUUUCGUACAUGCGUUGGGGAUCGGUCAGGCAAAUACGCACACGGAAAUCAUUAGGAAAUGUCCGUAUUUUUUCGUAGUAUGGUGGCAUAAAUCGGUGCAGGAAUUUGCUAGCAAUAAGCAACCGAUGAUGUGUGUUUUUUUUCGUAGAUGCGUUGGGGAUCGGUCUGGCAAAUACGCACACGGAAAGCAUUAGGAAAUGGGCGUAUUUUCUCGUUGUAUGCUGGUAUGAAUCGGUGCAGAAAUUUGCUAGCAGUAAGCGACCGAUAAUGUGUUGUUUUUCCGUAGAUGCGUUAGGGAUCGGUCUUGCAAAUACGCACACGGAAAGCAUUAAGAAAUGGGCGUAUUUUCUCGUGGUAUGCUGGUAUGAAUCGGUGCAGAAAUUUGCUAGCAGUAAGCGACCGAUAAUGUGUUGUUUUUCCGUAGAUGCGCCGAGGAUCGGUCUGGCAAAUACGCACACGGAAAUCAUUAGGAAAUGUCCGUAUUUUUUCGUAGUAUGGUGGCAUAAAUCGGUGCAGGAAUCUGCUAGCAAUAAGCAACCGAUGAUGUGUGUUUUUUUCGUAGAUGCGUUGGGGAUCGGUCUGGCAAAUGCGCACACGGAAAGCAUUAGGAAAUGGGCGUAUUUUCUCGUGGUAUGCUGGUAUGAAUCGGUGCAGGAAUUUGCUAGCAGUAAGCGACCGAUAAUGUGUUGUUUUUUCGUAGAUGCGUUAGGGAUCGGUCUUGCAAAUACGCACACGGAAAGCAUUAGGAAAUGGGCGUAUUUUCUCGUGGUAUGCUGGCAUAAAUCGGUGCAGGAAUUUGCUAGCAGUAAGCGACCGAUAAUGUGUUGUUUUUCCGUAGAUGCGUUAGGGAUCGGUCUUGCAAAUACGCACACGGAAAGCAUUAAGAAAUGGGCGUAUUUUCUCGUGGUAUGCUGGUAUGAAUCGGUGCAGAAAUUUGCUAGCAGUAAGCGACCGAUAAUGUGUUGUUUUUCCGUAGAUGCGUUGGGGAUCGGUCUUGCAAAUACGCACACGGAAAGCAUUAGGAAAUGGGCGUAUUUUCUCGUGAUAUGCUGGCAUAAAUCGGUGCAGGAAUUUGCUAGCAGUAAGCGUCCGAUAAUGUGUUGUUUUUCCGUAGAUGCGUUAGGGAUCGGUCUUGCAAAUACGCACACGGAAAGCAUUAGGAAAUGGGCGUAUUUUCUCGUGGUAUGCUGGCAUAAAUCGGUGCAGGAAUUUGCUAGCAGUAAGCGACCGAUAAUGUGUUGUUUUUUCGUACAUGCGUUGGGGAUCGGUCAGGCAAAUACGCACACGGAAAGCAUUAGAAAAUGGGCGUAUUUUCUCGUGGUAUGCUGGUAUGGAUCGGUGCAGGAAUUUGCUAGCAGUAAGCGACCGAUAAUGUUUUGUUUUUCCGUAGAUGCGUCGGGGAUCGGUCAUUCAAAUACUUACACAGGAAGCAUUAGGAAAUGGGCGUAUUUUCUCGUGGUAUGCUGGCAUAAAUCGGUGCAGGAAUUUGCUAGCAGUAAGCGACCGAUAAUGUGUUGUUUUUUCGUAGAUGCUUUGGGGAUCGGUCUUGCAAAUACGCACACGGAAAGCAUUAAUAAAUGGGCGUAUUUUCUCGUGGUAUGCUGGUAUGGAUCGGUGCAGAAAUUUGCUAGCAGUAAGCGACCGAUAAUGUGUUGUUUUUUCGUAGAUGCUUUGGGGAUCGGUCAGGCAAAUACUUACACAGGAAGCAUUAGGAAAUGGGCGUAUUUUCUCGUGGUAUGCUGGUAUGGAUCGGUGCAGGAAUUUGCUAGCAGUAAGCGACCGAUAAUGUUUUGUAUUUCCGUAGAUGCGUUGGGGUUCGGUCAGGUAAAUACUUACACAGGAAGCAUUAGGAAAUGGGCGUAUUUUCUCGUGGUAUGCUGGCAUAAAUCGGUGCAGGAAUUUGCUAGCAGUAAGCUACCGAUAAUGUGUUGUUUUUUCGUACAUGCGUUGGGGAUCGGUCUUGCAAAUACGCACACGGAAAGCAUUAAGAAAUGGGCGUAUUUUCUCGUGGUAUGCUGGCAUAAAUCGGUGCAGGAAUUUGCUAGCAGUAAGCGUCCGAUAAUGUGUUGUUUUUCCGUAGAUGCUUUGGGGAUCGGUCUUGCAAAUACGCACACGGAAAGCAUUAGAAAAUGGGCGUAUUUUCUCGUGGUAUGCUGGCAUAAAUCGGUGCAGGAAUUUGCUAGCAGUAAGCGACCGAUAAUGUGUUGUUUUUCCGUAGAUGCUUUGGGGAUCGGUCUUGCAAAUACGCACACGGAAAGCAUUAGAAAAUGGGCGUAUUUUCUCGUGGUAUGCUGGCAUAAAUCGGUGCAGGAAUUUGCUAGCAGUAAGCGACCGAUAAUGUGUUGUUUUUCCGUAGAUGCUUUGGGGAUCGGUCUUGCAAAUACGCACACGGAAAGCAUUAGAAAAUGGGCGUAUUUUCUCGUGGUAUGCUGGCAUAAAUCGGUGCAGGAAUUUGCUAGCAGUAAGCGUCCGAUAAUGUGUUGUUUUUCCGUAGAUGCGUUGGGGAUCGGUCAGGCAAAUACUUACACGGGAAGCAUUAGGAAAUGGGCGUAUUUUAUCGUGGUAUGCUAGCAUAAAUCGGUGCAGGAAUUUGCUAGCAGUAAGCGACCGAUAAUGUGUUGUUUUUUCGUAGAUGCUUUGGGGAUCGGUCAGGCAAAUACGCACACGGAAAGCAUUAGAAAAUGGGCGUAUUUUCUCGUGGUAUGCUGGCAUAAAUCGGUGCAGGAAUUUGCUAGCAGUAAGCGACCGAUAAUGUGUUGUUUUUCCGUAGAUGCGUUGGGGAUCGGUCUGGCAAAAUCGCACACGGAAAGCAUUAGGAAAUGGGCGUAUUUUCUCGUGGUAUGCUGGCAUAAAUCGGUGCAGGAAUUUGCUAGCAGUAAGCGACCGAUAAUGUGUUGUUUUUUCGUACAUGCGUUGGGGAUCGGUCUUGCAAAUACGCACACGGAAAGCAUUAGGAAAUGGGCGUAUUUUCUUGUGGUAUGCUGGCAUAAAUCGGGGCAGGAAUUUGCUAGCAGUAAGCGUCCGAUAAUGUGUUGUUUUUCCGUAGAUGCUUUGGGGAUCGGUCUGGCAAAUACUUACACGGGAAGCAUUAGGAAAUGGGCGUAUUUUCUCGUGGUAUGCUGGCAUAAAUCGGUGCAGGAAUUUGCUAGCAGUAAGCGACCGAUAAUGUGUUGUUUUUCCGUAGAUGCUUUUGGGAUCGGUGUUGCAAAUACGCACACGGAAAGCAUUAGGAAAUAAGCGUAUUUUCUCGUGGUAUGCUGGUAUGGAUCGGUGCAGGAAUUUGCUAGCAGUAAGCGUCCGAUAAUGUGUUGUUUUUCCGUAGAUGCGUUGGGGAUCGGUCUGGCAAAUACGCACACGGAAAGCAUUAAGAAAUGGGCGUAUUUUCUCGUGGUAUGCUGGGAUGGAUCGGUGCAGAAAUUUGCUAGCAGUAAGCGACCGAUAAUGUGUUGUUUUUCCGUAGAUGCGUUGGGGAUCGGUCUUGCAAAUACGCACACGGAAAGCAUUAGAAAAUGGGCGUAUUUUCUCGUGGUAUGCUGGCAUAAACCGGUGCAGGAAUUUGCUAGCAGUAAGCGACCGAUAAUGUGUUGUUUUUCCGUAGAUGCGUUGGGGAUCGGUCAGGCAAAUACUUACACGGGAAGCAUUAGGAAAUGGGCGUAUUUUCUCGUGGUAUGCUGGCAUAAAUCGGUGCAGGAAUUUGCUAGCAGUAAGCGUCCGAUAAUGUGUUGUUUUUUCGUCGAUGCGUUGGGGAUCGAUCUGGCAAAUACGCACACGGGAAGCAUUAGGAAAUGGGCGUAUUUUCUCGUGGUAUGCUGGCAUAAAUCGGUGCAGGAAUUUGCUAGCAGUAAGCGACCGAUAAUGUGUUGUUUUUCCGUACAUGCGUUGGGGAUCGGUCUUGCAAAUACGCACACGGAAAGCAUUAAGAAAUGGGCGUAUUUUCUCGUGCUAUGCUGGUAUGAAUCGGUGCAGAAAUUUGCUAGCAGUAAGCGUCCGAUAAUGUGUUGUUUUUUCGUACAUGCGUUGGGGAUCGGUCUUGCAAAUACGCACACGGAAAGCAUUAGGAAAUGGGCGUAUUUUCUCGUGGUAUGCUGGUAUGAAUCGGUGCAGAAAUUUGCUAGCAGUAAGCGACCGAUAAUGUGUUGUUUUUCCGUAGAUGCGUUAGGGAUCGGUCUUGCAAAUACGCACACGGAAAGCAUUAGAAAAUGGGCGUAUUUUCUCGUGGUAUGCUGGUAUGGAUCGGUGCAGGAAUUUGCUAGCAGUACGCGACCGAUAAUGAGUUGUUUUUCCGUAGAUGCGUUAGGGAUCGGUCUUGCAAAUACGCACACGGAAAGCAUUAGAAAAUGGGCGUAUUUUCUCGUGGUAUGCUGGCAUAAAUCGGUGCAGUAAUUUGCUAGCAGUAAGCGACCGAUAAUGUGCUGUUUUUCCGUAGAUGCGUUAGGGAUCGGUCUUGCAAAUACGCACACGGAAAGCAUUAAGAAAUGGGCGUAUUUUCUCGUGGUAUGCUGGUAUGAAUCGGUGCAGAAAUUUGCUAGCAGUAAGCGACCAAUAAUGUGUUGUUUUUUUUCCUAGAUGCGUUGGGGAUCGGUCUUGCAAAUACGCACACGGAAAGCAUUAGGAAAUGGGCGUAUUUUCUCGUGGUAUGCUGGUAUGGAUUGGUGCAGAAAUUUGCUAGCAGUAAGCGACCGAUAAUGUGUUGUUUUUCCGUAGAUGCGCCGAGGAUCGGUCAGGCAAAUACGCACACGGAAAUCAUUAGGAAAUGGGCGUAUUUUUUCAUAGUAUGGUGGCAUAAAUCGGUGCAGGAAUCUGCUAGCGAUAAGCAACCGAUGAUAUGUGUUUUUUUCGUAGAUGCGUUGGGGAUCGGUCUGGCAAAUACGCACACGGAAAGCAUUAGGAAAUGGGCGUAUUUUCUCGUGGUAUGCUGGUAUGGAUCGGUGCAGAAAUUUGCUAGCAGUAAGCGUCCGAUAAUGUGUUGUUUUUCCGUAGAUGCUUUGGGGAUCGGUCUUGCAAAUACGCACACGGAAAGCAUUAGAAAAUGGGCGUAUUUUCUCGUGGUAUGCUGGCAUAAAUCGGUGCAGGAAUUUACUAGCAGUAAGCGACCGAUAAUGUGUUGUUUUUCCGUAGAUGCGUUGGGGAUCGGUCAGGCAAAUACUUACACGGGAAGCAUUAGGAAAUGGGCGUAUUUUCUCGUGGUAUGCUGGCAUAAAUCGGUGCAGGAAUUUGCUAGCAGUAAGCGUCCGAUAAUGUGUUGUUUUUUCGUUGAUGCGUUGGGGAUCUUUCUGGCAAAUACGCACACGGGAAGCAUUAGGAAAUGGGCGUAUUUUCUCGUGGUAUGCUGGCAUAAAUCGGUGCAGGAAUUUGCUAGCAGUAAGCGACCGAUAAUGUGUUGUUUUUCCGUACAUGCGUUGGGGAUCGGUCUUGCAAAUACGCACACGGAAAGCAUUAAGAAAUGGGCGUAUUUUCUCGUGCUAUGCUGGUAUGAAUCGGUGCAGAAAUUUGCUAGCAGUAAGCGUCCGAUAAUGUGUUGUUUUUUCGUACAUGCGUUGGGGAUCGGUCUUGCAAAUACGCACACGGAAAGCAUUAGGAAAUGGGCGUAUUUUCUCGUGGUAUGCUGGUAUGAAUCGGUGCAGAAAUUUGCUAGCAGUAAGCGACCGAUAAUGUGUUGUUUUUCCGUAGAUGCGUUGGGGAUCGGUCUUGCAAAUACGCACACGGAAAGCAUUAGAAAAUGGGCGUAUUUUCUCGUGGUAUGCUGGUAUGGAUCGGUGCAGGAAUUUGCUAGCAGUACGCGACCGAUAAUGAGUUGUUUUUCCGUAGAUGCGUUAGGGAUCGGUCUUGCAAAUACGCACACGGAAAGCAUUAGAAAAUGGGCGUAUUUUCUCGUGGUAUGCUGGCAUAAAUCGGUGCAGAAAUUUGCUAGCAGUAAGCGACCGAUAAUGUGCUGUUUUUUCGUAGAUGCGUUAGGGAUCGGUCUUGCAAAUACGCACACGGAAAGCAUUAAGAAAUGGGCGUAUUUUCUCGUGGUAUGCUGGUAUGAAUCGGUGCAGAAAUUUGCUAGCAGUAAGCGACCAAUAAUGUGUUGUUUUUUUUCCUAGAUGCGUUACGGAUCGGUCUUGCAAAUACGCACACGGAAAGCAUUAGGAAAUGGGCGUAUUUUCUCGUGGUAUGCUGGUAUGGAUUGGUGCAGAAAUUUGCUAGCAGUAAGCGACCGAUAAUGUGUUGUUUUUCCGUAGAUGCGCCGAGGAUCGGUCAGGCAAAUACGCACACGGAAAUCAUUAGGAAAUGUCCGUAUUUUUUCAUAGUAUGGUGGCAUAAAUCGGUGCAGGAAUCUGCUAGCGAUAAGCAACCGAUGAUAUGUUUUUUUUUCGUAGAUGCGUUGGGGAUCGGUCUGGCAAAUACGCACACGGAAAGCAUUAGGAAAUGGGCGUAUUUUCUCGUGGUAUGCUGGUAUGGAUCGGUGCAGAAAUUUGCUAGCAGUAAGCGUCCGAUAAUGUGUUGUUUUUCCGUAGAUGCUUUGGGGAUCGGUCUUGCAAAUACGCACACGGAAAGCAUUAGAAAAUGGGCGUAUUUUCUCGUGGUAUGCUGGCAUAAAUCGGUGCAGGAAUUUACUAGCAGUAAGCGACCGAUAAUGUGUUGUUUUUCCGUAGAUGCGUUGGGGAUCGGUCAGGCAAAUACUUACACAGGAAGCAUUAGGAAAUGGGCGUAUUUUCUCGUGGUAUGCUGGCAUAAAUCGGUGCAGGAAUUUGUUAGCAGUAAGCGACCGAUAAUGUGUUGUUUUUCCGUAGAUGCGUUGGGGAUCGGUCUUGCAAAUACGCACACGGAAAGCAUUAAGAAAUGGGCGUAUUUUCUCGUGGUAUGCUGGAUCGGUGCAGAAAUUUGCUAGCAGUAAGCGACCGAUAAUGUGUUGUUUUUCCGUAGAUGCGUUGGGGAUCGGUCUUGCAACUACGCACACGGAAAGCAUUAGGAAAUGGGCGUAUUUUCUCGUGAUAUGCUGGCAUAAAUCGGUGCAGGAAUUUGCUAGCAGUAAGCGUCCGAUAAUGUGUUGUUUUUCCGUAGAUGCGUUAGGGAUCGGUCUUGCAAAUACGCACACGGAAAGCAUUAGGAAAUGGGCGUAUUUUCUCGUGGUAUGCUGGCAUAAAUCGGUGCAGGAAUCGGCUAGCAGUAAGCGGCUGUUAACGAGUUCUUCUGCUUCUCUUUUUGUAACUACUUUUUCAUGAGUGCCGUGCUAAGCCAAAAUUAUUGGGCGUAUCGUAUAAAGCGUAUUAUUUGUUUGUGUUUCGGGCGCAUACGCCUGCGCACUCUUGCUAACGAUUGGUAACGGUCACCACAAUUAAAAGCAAAGCUAAUAAAAUUAAAUUAAAUGAAAGAACACUGAAAUAAAUUUUAGCGAAUAUAAUAAAAUACAAUUAAUUUUAUUGAGUUUGCUGAAAUAGAAUGUUUUUAAAUUUAAUUUCAUGUAAUAUUAUUUGCGUUAUUUCAAUUUGCUUGAAAUUAAUUGAAUUAAAUAUUGUUUGCUAUAUUGAUUUGACACAGAUGUCACUCGACACAGAUGUCAUUCGACACUGAUGUCACUCGAACAUCCUGUUGCUUUGUAGGUGAAACCGCAUAUCAAGGAUAAGAAAACGAUAGCCGCAUGAUGUAAAUUGCGAAGCUGAACGUGUGCGCUCAUUGUGUGAUCGAUUUGGCUCGACAGCGCAUUGUGAAGAACGGUGGCAAAUUGUUCACGUUUCACAAGCUCUCCCUGAUCUCUCAGGGAUUAAUCGGUCAUUAAUUUAAUUUUUAGCUGAACCGUUUCCUGUACCGUCCUAAACAAGGAAUGCAACAACCUCGUCAUGCGUCGUCUGUUCAUAAGCCGAAUGAACCAUUGCUGUUGUUACUCAAUCAACGUGUUAGACUAUUGGUGAAGCUGGCCGUCCGGGAUGAAAAAUCGAUAGCUGUUGUGAUCGGCCUGGUUACCAACUAUGUACACAUGCUGUAAAUUGCGAAGCUGACCGUGUGCGCUCAUCGUGUGAUCGAUUUGGCUCGACAGCGCAUUCUGAAAAACGUUGGCAAAACCUACACGUUUGAUUAGUUCUCCCUGAUCUUUCAGACAAGCAGAACUCCGUGUUUUUUUAAAGAAAUGUUUUAUCUUUUGGGGUUUGUUUACAUUAUUAAAAAGUUCCUCGCCUAGA